AUGCUGCAGCGGGUCCAGGCCCACGAGGGACCGGGGCAGGCGUUUCCCUGGCAGGCCUUCACCACAGCCCUGUGCGCCGAGGAGCCUACGCUGGAGGGGCCAGAGGGGGCCCUGGCUGUCAAACCGCGUCUGCUGCUGCUCCCCGUCAUAUGCCAGAGAAACCUCUUCUCCCUGCUCCUCGUGAUGCAAGCUGUGAUGCCAGGGGGCUGCCUUGGCCGGCUGCUCCAGGCCAUGGAGCAGGAUUCCCACGUGGAUCCCUGGGUGCGGACACUGGGGGAUCUGCUCCGCCAGGGAGCGAGGGGAGAAGAGCGCUCCCCACCUCCUGUUCCCUUGUCUUCUGCAUGCCAGCAGCAGCUUAGGUGUCUGUGCCAGAAAAUUGCCCAGAACAAACCAGAGGGGCGAAGAAAGCUGAACUGGUGCUUCAGUGAGCAGCCCGGUGCCGCUGGGGACGUGGCUGACUCUGUGCUUCAAGGUGGGAAGCGCAAGAAAGUGUCGGAGGAGAGCCUGGAGUUGGAUGAGGAGAGAGAGGGGAAGAGGUUGCUGCUGGAGGAGGUGGCAUUUGACCUCCCGGGAACCCAGGAGGGUGGGGAUGCAGCAGGGGUGGAAGAGGAGGUGCCUGGGGAGACUUCGGGGGACAGAUCUGCUCAGAACCUGGCCGGAGCUGCUCCGGAAAGCUCCCAGCAGGAUGCGGCUGGGGAGCCCAGGAAGAUUUCCCAGGCAGAGCUGGCAGCGGAGGUCCAGUCCUUUCUCCAGGUGCAUGGUCCAAGGCUGAAAAUGCUGCUGCAGAAGGAGGCCAACCACUCGGAGCUGAGCAUCCCGCCUGAGCUGCACAUCCUGAACAACUGCUCUCCCGGUCAGCUCGAGGGGCUGUGCUCCUUCCUCCAGCUCUCCACGUGCCCGGAGCACCUCCUGGUGUGUUUCUGCAGCUGGCUGCUGGCGCUCACCCCUGACCUCAGCUACACAAGCGCAGCCAUCCUGGCAGAGCAGCUCUUUCUCAGGCGAGUCCUGUCCCUCACCCAGCCGCCGUCCCGCCACCUCAUGGCUGCCCUCGCUUCAUUUUGCUCCAAGUAUUCCCAGCCCUUCUGUCGAGUCCUGGUGGCUGCGGUCCUGCAGGAGCCAGGGGAAGGUGCUGAGCAGACCAAGCUGGUGUGCGAGCUUGUGGAGGAGUGCCUGGAGCCAGACUGUGUGAGACUGGUGCUAAGCCAGGUCCUGGAGGUGCCUUUGUCAGAGAAGCUCCUGCCGGUGGCACAGGCUGUGCUGGGGCGGCAGGAGGUGCUGCCCCCCGAGCUCUUUGAUCUCCUGGUCCUGACUCUGUGCCGGCAGGCCCCAGCCUUCACCACGUCACUGAAUUAUGCCAAGCUGGUGACGGCCGUGCUCACCAUGUACCAAAGCCAGGUCACCCCAGCCCACCGGAGCCGUCUGGCUGCCGCUCUGGAUCAGAGCAAUGCAGCUCUGAAGAAAUCGCUGCAGGCCGUGCUGGAAGGAGCCAGGGAGCAGCAGGCAGAGCUGGUCGGGCUCCCCACGUCUCCGGAUGAAGGGAGGAUGACCAGUCCCCAGGGGCACCCAGAUGGGGUUUCGGUCAGGAGCAAGCAGAGCGUGGAGCGCAUCGGCGAGGUGCCAGGCAGGGGCAGGCAGGAGCUGGCUGUGCGCACUGGGGACAGUGACAGGACCGAGGAAGAUGCAGAAAUGCCGGAGGAGCCGCUGCUGAGUUUCCCCAGUGAGCUCUUGGUGCUGGAGAGAUUAGGCUUGCACAGGGUGGCUUUGACGGAGCAGGACGUGGAGGUGAGGGCUGCUGGGGGCCGUGGGUGGGCCAAGGAAGGGGGCCAGAGGGACCGACACCUUGCUGGCUCACAGUCCCGGGGCUGUGCCCUGCUCCUGGCCGCCCUCCAGGCACCGCAGUCCCCUGGCAGCCGCCUUACAAAUCCCUUUCGGGGUGAUGCUGUUGGCAUUCAGAGGUAG